UUGUAUCUUUGUGAACUUUACCAGUCACGCGUGAGGGGGCUGCAGCUCAGCUUCAAAACGAGAAAGAUAGAGCCUGACGAAUUUAGGUGCGUUCAUUGUCAGCAUACUUUUGGAAGCUGCUACAGUUUAGUAUCUAAUUCCAGUGAAGUCACUGGCAGACCUGUUUUAGUUGUUAGUGGAUAAAGAACCAUUACAGUCAUGUUCAGCUGGGUUAGUAAAGAUGCCAAGCGGAAAAAAGAGCCCGAGCUUUUCCAAACGGUUUCAGACGGGCUGCGCAAGCUUUACCGCACUAAACUGUUACCCCUUGAGGAGACAUAUCGAUUCCAUGAGUUCCAUUCGCCGGCUUUGGAGGACGCUGACUUUGAUAACAAACCCAUGGUAUUACUGGUGGGACAGUAUUCAACUGGUAAGACUACUUUUAUUCGCCAUUUAAUGGAGCAGGAUUUCCCCGGCAUGAGAAUUGGACCUGAGCCGACCACCGACUCAUUCAUCGCAGUCAUGCAUGGCGACCAGGAAGGGAUCAUCCCAGGAAAUGCUUUAGUAGUUGACCCAAAGAAGCCCUUCAGAAAGCUGAACGCGUUUGGCAAUGCGUUUCUCAACAGGUUCAUGUGUGCACAGAUUCCCAAUCCUGUCCUGGAAAGUAUCAGCAUUAUUGACACUCCAGGAAUUCUGUCGGGAGAAAAGCAACGAAUCAGUCGAGGUUAUGACUUUGCAGCAGUGCUGGAGUGGUUUGCAGAACGAGUGGAUCGCAUCAUUCUUCUAUUUGAUGCUCACAAGCUGGACAUUUCAGAUGAAUUUUCAGAGGUGAUUAAAGGCCUGAAGAACCACGAGGACAAAAUCCGGGUGGUGCUAAACAAGGCAGAUCAGAUUGAAACACAGCAGCUAAUGCGAGUGUAUGGUGCACUCAUGUGGUCAUUAGGAAAGAUCAUCAAUACACCUGAGGUGGUGCGUGUCUACAUUGGCUCCUUCUGGUCCCACCCACUGCUAAUCCCAGACAACAGAAAGCUGUUUGAAGCAGAAGAACAAGAUCUCUUCAAGGACAUCCAGGGGCUACCUCGCAAUGCAGCUCUCCGUAAACUGAAUGAUCUCAUCAAACGUGCCAGGCUUGCUAAGGUACAUGCUCACAUCAUUAGCUCAUUAAAGAAGGAGAUGCCAAAUGUAUUUGGGAAGGACAACAAGAAAAAGGAACUAAUUAACAAUCUACAGGAGAUCUACCACAAGAUAGAGAAAGAACAGCAGAUAUCACCGGGAGAUUUUCCAAAUAUCAAGAAGAUGCAGGAGCUGUUGGUCGGGCAAGACUUUACUAAAUUUCAGCCCUUAAAGCCCAAACUUAUGGAUACAGUGGAUGACAUGCUGAAAUCUGACAUUGCUCAUUUGAUGACAAUGGUACGACAGGAGGAAGCUGCUAUGCCCAGCCAGUCAGUGAAAGGUGGUGCCUUUGAAGGCACCAUGAAUGGCCCUUUUGGUCAUGGAUACGGAGAAGGUGCCGGAGAGGGAAUCGAUGAUGUUGAAUGGGUGGUAGCGAAGGACAAGCCUACAUAUGAUGAAAUCUUCUACACACUCUCUCCAGUCAACGGCAAAGUCACAGGUGCUAGUGCCAAAAAAGAGAUGGUGAAGUCUAAGCUACCCAACGUAGUUCUUGGAAAAAUAUGGAAGCUGGCAGAUGUAGACAAGGAUGGCUUUUUGGAUGAUGAAGAGUUUGCUUUGGCAAACCAUUUGAUCAAAGUGAAGUUAGAAGGCCACGAGCUGCCAGCAGACCUUCCAUCCCACCUGGUACCACCAUCAAAACGAGGGACCCUAGCCAGAAUCAGAAAUUAGACUUGCGCAAAAAGCAACUGAUUGAGUGCUCAUGCCUUACCUGCAGGCUUCUCUCACUGAUGGUGAAUGUUCCACUCAUUUUUAAGAAAUGUGAUUCAUUUUUGUAACCUGUACAUUUUUAAAUGUUUGACUCACUUUUUUCAUAUUUGUAUAAUUGUUUAUUUUGAAUGUAUACUAUCAUUACCUUACACUGCUUCUGAAGAAAAGUCAAUAAAACUGAACUUGUCCUGGC